GGGAUCUGCGUCUUCAUCUGUUUCCACGUCCUCAGAGAGACCCGCAUAUCAGACUCGCCAGUCACCUGCUCCGCCGCCAGUUCCAUCUCGGACCACGGCGGCUGGUGCGAUUAGAGAUGAUGUUGGGUCGAAGACUACCUCUACCGCGCCGCCGGGCCAGAAUGCGGCUGUGGAUGACCUUGCAUCACGUUUUUCCAAGUCUUUGUCGCCUUCUACGAAAUCAAGGUUCCAGACAAUGGUCGUGUCGAACGGCUUAGACGCAGCUGCCAAAAGCCAACCAUCUGGAAGUAUGCAAGGAAAGGCACUCGGUGCAGUGGGUGGACUCUAUAAAAAGAACCCUGAAAUGGGCAACAAGCUUAUCAACAAGGGCGUGGAAACGUAUCAGAAGAAUCCGGAGGCGGCGAACAGGUUCGUGGCGAAUGCAACUGGUCAGAAACCGCCAUUUCCAGUGAGGACACCAUUCAAGGAGACACCCACUGAGUCGCCUGCACCUGUUCCUCCGCAGAGAAAAAUGCCACCUAUCCCGCCGAAGCGCAACGACCUCAAAGCACCAGCGCCAGCUCCGAAGCCAAAGCUCAAUAUCCCUCUACGUGCACCGCUUCCCACGCCGUCCCCGAGACUAGAAAUCCCAGAGCGUACACUGAGCGCAUCACCCGCACCUCCAGUCCCCCAUGCCUCCAAACCCCGUCCAAAUCUCGCGACAAAGCCCUCUUCCGGGCCUACAACACCCGCCCCAACUCCGGCACCGGCACCCGUCCUCAAACCGGGCGUGCUCAGCAUGUAUGCUGGCCACCAAUCCGCCCACGAUCUCGACCUUCAACUCCACACAGGUUGGUUCGCGUCAAAUCCACCCGGCACACCUCCCGUUUUGCAAAGUAUGGCAG